AUCUGGCAACGUGGACUGGGGUAAACAUUCGCGCAGAGCGCUCCAUUCAUCCUACUGAGUCAGCGUGUGUUGCGAGACCGCGGGUUGUAGACCGAGAAUACAUCGGAAAAUUGUGAUUCAAAUUUCAGACACUUUAUUGUUCAAUUAACAAGGAAUAACCACGCAAGCUAAAACUCUUUCAGAGCAUGUUACCGGAACGACCUUCCAGGUAAUUGACCUGUCCCUAGCUUUGGCAUGUUGGACUCCUUAGAUGAUGACAAUGUCCUCGAGUUUGUCUUCAAGUGAACUCUAUCCAGUUUCAUCGGCACUGAAAAUCACGGGAACUUCUCAUUCAAGGGCCUCGCAGGGAGAUUCUGAGUUUUCAAGUUGCUCUGUUCCUGGAUUUGUGAAGGACCGUAUCUACGACAACACUAAAGAAAUGUGUGUGGACUCUGCAACCUGACCUCUGAGAGGAUGUUCUUAGGAGAUCUGUGGAAAAGGGAAAAUGGGGAAAAUAGAUUCGCAUCAAUGAAGAGAAGAGCAGAGGAUGACGUAAAUGGGCCUACCAUGAAAAGGGUCCGAUCCUUCACCUACCCCAGCAUAAAUGGCCGAACCAGAAGAGGUAGCACUGAAAGAGACAGACGAGUGCUAUCCAGUUCCUUCGCCUUCCCCCCGCCCCUGCCAGUCUCAAGAUCAAAUGUGUUCAUGCCUUCAACCCGUUGCAAUGCUAACAAAGUUUCACCUGACAUAGCCUCAGUAGGCCCUCCAUGUGUUAGAGUGAAGAGGGCCCUGCUAAGGCCAGCUGUGUUGCUAGCUCCUAAGCCCUGGAGAGACCGGCCUCACCUCAAGGUGAGCCUGAAUUCUGCAGAUGACCUGGACAGAGACAGCAUUGACCAGCAGACAUCACCAAGUGCCUUUGAUCAGCUCCCGUCAUCUCCGUCAGAUAGCAGUCAUGUGACGGGGGAGGGAGCCAAGCAGAGUCGCAUCCAGUUCGUGUUUGGAGAGAACAUGAGUGAGAGGGUGCUGAAUCCACUGAAAAGUCCAUACAGUGAAGAUGCAUCUGAUUCUGAUAGCAGCUCUUCGGAUUCAGAUUUAUCUAGUCCAGAGACAUCCCACACCUCAACAGUUAAACACUCCCUGUGGGAAUCCGCUGCAGCUACCACUGCGUCCUGCAGGAGGCACUGUUUGCUCAAGCAGGUGCAGGUGAUCACAGGGGAGGAGAGGGAGAGCAAUGUUGUUCAGCUAUCAUGCAAGCUGUUUGUGCUGGAGAAGGGCACACAGUCAUGGAGCGAGAGAGGGAGGGGCAUCCUGCGGCUAAACGACCUGGCAACAGGAAACAGGGGAGAGCUGCAGUCCAGGAUAGUCAUGAGACAUCAGGGCAGUCUGAAGUUGAUCCUGAACACCAAGCUCUGGCCACACACACAGCUGAAGAGGCCCGCGCGCCGCAACCUCCAGGUGACUGCCACUGACCUGGAGAGCCACGCAGUCCGAGUCUUCCUCAUCCAGGCCGGGGCCCGGGACAUCUCCCGGCUACAUGCCGCCAUCCACCACCGCCUGGUGGGAAUGCACUGCCGAGCGGGACUCAGGGGCCGGGGCAGGUCCAGUGAGGAUGAGGACGAGAGAGGGGACUGCCGAAAAGACACACAGGAAGCCUGGAGUCCAUAAUUGGAAGAACAGUCCAGAUUGGAUCCUUAAAACUGGCCCACUCCUGGUUACUCUUCGGACUCGACUUCAAAAGAUGUGAAGAGGACACAAAACACUGUGUCCGGUAGUUGAACUACCACGACAGUCUUUGCCAAAGAACAAUUCUGUAUGUUGUUGGUUUUGGACAUAUUUUCGUUACUACGGUAGUAAAAAGUAUUAAUUAUCAUGUCAUUGAGCAAAACUAAUAUUUUGAAAGCUUGCCUUUCGAAAUCUGAGUCUUAUAUAAUAUUUAUAUGAAACAACAUUUAACAAUUCAGCAAAUACAUACCUGGAUAUGAAACAGACAGUUGACCAGAGAUAUGAGGAUUGUACAGAAUUGAUUGAAAGUUGUAUUGGCGUCCAUAACUUCCUGUGUAGCUAUAGCCAAAUGGACUUAAGAAUUAUUUCGGGUUCAACCUCUGGUAAUGGUUUGGUGUUGUCUAUUCAGGGUCUUUCUUCCAGCCACAUAUAUCUUUGCUCAUUUCUCUUAGGUUAAAGUUAUAUAGUGUAUAUGGUAUCAUAACAGUGUCUACGACAAUAUUAUAAACUUACCAGAGAAGGUGCCUGCUUUUGCUACUUUUGAUUCUUAAGUUACAGAUCUUUGGGUGGGUUGAGGUUUUUGAUGGUUGUCCAAAACAUUGCCGACCAUUUUUGGUUUUGUGACAGAACUGAGAACUGAGAGUGAAGGGAAGAUGGCUUUGACAUAGGAGUGCUGUGAUGACACAUAUUAACUUGGUGAUCAUUUUAAUUUCUAAUGUGGGUGUCACAUGAACUCUAUUAUUUUGGAAAUGAAUUACACUUUAAUUCACCAGGUAUAAUCAUUUCAAGUUACAUAUCACAAACUAGGUGUAAACAGAAUGUAUAUCACUCAGAACGUCCUCAUUUUCAAAUUCAUAUUUACAAUAUCUCAAAAACACAUAUCAGGAUGCCUGUAUAUAAAAUGAAUACAUACAUACUGUAUAUAUGUGAGUGUAUUUCUCUAAGAAAAAGUUUUUAUGCCAUUCGGUGUGAAAUGACAGUAUUUUAAAAAUCUGUCAAACAAUUGAGAAGUGCUGAAAUGAGGGAUAUGGCUUUAUUACUGUUCAUUGCUAAUUAUUAGUGUUGCCAAUAUUAUCACCAAUUCAAUCCAGACAUUGUUCACAGUUUAGAACAGGGCCUUCUGUACCUGGAAGUAUGUGCUGUGAUUGUGAUGUGAUUUGGGUCCAUCAAGUCAACGUGUUAGGUUUGAAGUAAAAUGCUAUUUAGCAACGUCCUUUGAGUUCUCACUGGGUAAUCAGUUCCACUUUCCCAAUCUAAAACUAGAAUUCCUUUUCUAUCUGAAGAAGGGUAAAUGCCUGAUUUGCAUUGAUGUGGUCCAGCAUAAAAAUGUCUCGGAGCAAACCCAUGAAAAUCGUUAGUCAGCAACAAUACUAAGACUUACAAUAUCCAAUAUCCAACGUCUGCCAACCUAAUCAACAGGUAAUAACCCAAAACGAAUUCACAACAUGAGGACUCAGAAUAGGAGUGUCCAAUGUCAUGGAUCCUCAACAUCUCUUCAGAUAAAGGAUUACUGUAGGUAAUAAGGUAAUAAUGCACAGUCAGUGGAAUUUAGUCUUAUAGAUCAAUAUACAAUUUCAGCCAAAUUUCAUCUUUAAAGACUCACAACCCUGGUUCUUGUUAUUAUUUGUUUGUUUUUUGUUUGUGUUGGUUGGUAAACUAAAAUGUCUUUAUGCUGUUUAAAUAUUGAAUGUAAUUAUUUGAAAUGGUCUGGAAUGCCUAUUUCUGCUGCUAUGUUGAAACUGCUCUCUUUAAAAGAGAUCCUAUCUCACAGAGUAUGGCCUAUCUUACUAUAAAGUGAAUGGCUAGAUUAUAUAAAAUGCCAUAUACAUCACUUACCUGCACAUAUUUCAAGCUGUUAUUAGUUUGUUCCAUCCUUUUCUUCCUACCUCUUUAUCUGCUUUUUGAUGCACUGAAAAGGAUCAGGAGUCUGUUGAUUUAAAGCAUACAUGCUUGUAUGAUCUGUACAUCAUAUCUCUUUCUAUGUAAGUUGAAUCACUUUUGGUGUGUAUAAAGGUAUGACUAGCAUCUAGUUAUCACCCUGACAUUUCUAUUAACAUAUUGCAUUAUGUUUUCAUACAGUUCUUAUAUAUUUUAUUAUUUUAGGCCUCUCAAUUAACCAUAAUGGUAAUGGCAAGAAUUUGUUUUCUACAUCCCUAGGUUAGCUGAUACUGUCAGAUUUUUGGGGGUUUAUGAUCAUGCUUUGACAGCCUUUGUGAAAGCAAAUAAAAGUAUGUAUUACA